AUGUUCAGAUGGAUCAAUGAGGACCGUCACACCAUGCUACGACAGACCCUGGCCAAGACACGGAGACUGGGCAUGCGGGGGCCGGCCUACAUGUUCAGCGCCCGCUCAGCCAGCCUAUCCCUGACCGAGGAGCGCUUCCUGGACGCGGCGGAGUACGGCAACAUCCCCGGGGUCCGCAAGAUGCUGGAGGAACUUCCUGAUCUCAACGUCAACUGUGUGGACUACAUGGGCCAGAAUGCAUUACAGCUGGCGGUGGCCAACGAGCAUCUAGAGGUUACGGAGCUGUUACUGAAUAAGGAUAAUCUGGCCAGGAUAGGGGAUGCUCUACUGUUGGCAAUCAGUAAAGGAUACAUUAGGAUAGUGGAGGCCAUAUUGAGUCACAGGGCCUUCACAGACACACAGAGGCUCAUCAACAGUCCUGGCCGAGCAGAGACACAAGACGACUUCUUCUCCUAUGACGAGGAUGGUACACGGUUUUCUCAUGACAUCACCCCCAUCAUCCUGGCCUCUCACUGCCAUGAGUAUGAGGUAGUACACAUCCUCCUGAGGAAGGACGCCCGUAUCGAGCGACCACACGACUACCUCUGUAAGUGUGGCACCUGCAGCUACCACCAGAAGCAUGACUCAUUCAGCCACUCUCGGUCCCGUAUCAACGCCUAUAAAGGGCUGGCCAGCCCGGCCUACAUGUCUCUCUCUAGCAAAGACCCUGUGAUGGCUGCCCUGGAGCUGAGCAAUGAGCUGGCUGUCCUGGCUAACAUCGAGAAGGAGUUUAAGAAAGAUUACAAGGAACUGUCCGUCCAAUGUGAAGACUUUGUGGUCGGACUGCUGGACCUGUGCCGUAACACGGAGGAGGUGGAGGCCAUCUUGAAUGGGGACAUUGAUGCCAGUGAAAACAAUGAGCCACAUGAAAGACCAAGUUUUAUAAGACUAAAGCUCGCAAUAAAAUAUGAACUGAAGAAGUUCAUAGCCCAUCCAAACUGUCAGCAGCAGCUCAUGUCUAUCUGGUAUGAGAACCUGUCUGGACUGAGACAGCAGACCAACGUUGUCAAGUUUCUGGUAGUUCUGGGUGUAGCUGUUGGACUGCCUGUCCUGGCUCUGCUCUACUGGGUGGCACCGGCUUGCAAGCUGGGGAAGAUAAUACGUGGUCCCUUCCUGAAGUUCGUGGCCCAUGCAGCUUCCUUCACCAUCUUCCUGGGCCUGCUGGUGAUGAAUGCAGCGGAUCGCUUCCAGGGUACCAAACUGCUCCCUAACAUGACCGUACAGGACCACCCCUCUCAGCUGUUCAGGAUGACGACCACCCCCUUCACCUGGAUGGAGAUACUCAUCAUAUCCUGGGUCAUAGGAAUGGUCUGGGCUGAGUGUAAGGAGAUUUGGUCCCAGGGAGCUCGGGAAUAUCUUUCGGAGACAUGGAAUCUUCUAGACUUUGGAAUGCUGAGCCUUUUCGUAACAUCCUUCAUCACUAGAUUUAUGGCGUUCUGGCAUGCGUAUUCUGCACAGAGCUACGUCAACAAGCACUAUACCGACCUGUCCAACAUUACCCUGGUCCCGGAGAUAGAGUACUACAGACUGGCCCGUAAUAACUGGGUUCCCUCAGACCCCCAGAUCAUCUCAGAGGGUCUGUAUUCCAUCGCUGUGGUACUGAGCUUCUCUCGCAUCGCCUACAUCCUCCCAGCCAAUGAGAGUUUCGGGCCCCUGCAGAUAUCUCUGGGACGCACGGUGAAAGAUAUCUUCAAGUUCAUGGUGAUCUUCAUCAUGGUUUUUGUGGCCUUCAUGUUUGGAAUGUUCAAUCUCUACUCAUACUACCUGGGAGCCAAGCAGAACGACGCCUUCACCACGAUUGAGGAAAGUUUCAAGACAUUAUUCUGGGCCAUAUUUGGCCUGUCCGAAGUCAAGUCAGUGAAGAUCAACAAUGGCCAUAAGUUUAUCGAGAAUAUCGGCUAUAUCCUUUAUGGGGUUUAUAACGUCACCAUGGUGAUCGUCCUGCUCAACAUGCUCAUUGCCAUGAUCAAUAACUCCUUCCAGGAAAUAGAGGAUGACGCUGAUGUAGAGUGGAAAUUUGCCCGGGCUAAGCUAUGGUUCUCCUACUUUGAGGAAGGUGGGACAUUACCUGUCCCCUUUAACCUGGUUCCUAGUCCCAAGUCAAUCAUCGCCCUGGUCCUGGGGCUAAGAGACCUCAUGCUGAAGGCUCUCAACAGACACAAGAGCUGUCACAAUGAGGAUACAGAGCUCAAUAAGGUGAACCUCAUAAUCAUGCGCGCAUUGCAUACUUUACUCAUUUCUAUACAAGCUUAUACAACUAUCAUGUUUUCCUCUAUUUCACAGAAGAUAAUGAAACGCCUCAUCAAGAGAUAUGUGAUGAAAGCACAGAUCAAUAAAGACAGUGAGGAAGUGAAUGAAGGAGAGCUGAAGGAGAUUAAACAUGACAUCUCUAGUUUACGCUACGAACUCCUGGAGCAGAAGAACCACAAUAUGGAGGAGUUAGCUGAGCUGAUCCGGAGACUGGGAGAGAAGAUACCUGCCGAGCAGCAGAGGCAUCAGGGUCAGAUAUAGGUAUAUGUAUUCUACAUCGUCUAGGAUCAAUGAUGAGUGAGCUGAUCAGGAGGAGACUGGGAGAGAGGACACCUGCCGAACACCAGCCACAUACGCUGAACAUAUAAAACAUCAUACCUAUUUCCAUGACGUAGACUGAGUCCAGGUGAAAGUUAUCAUCCCUUAUUGAUGUCACUU